AUGCGGCCAUUCGAGGGCUUCAAGAGAAAGGCGGUGAUAGUUGUUAAUGGAGAGGAAGAACAGGCCAGACGGCAAGCUUUGCAAGAGGCUACGGAGGGUAAAGAGGUCCCUGAUAGUACUUUACUUGAAAUGAAAGCCGCCAUGGUCUUACCCGAAGUGGGCGAUUGGCUAGAAGAAAUCGUUUACGUGGGCGCGACCGAAGAGGAAGCUAAAGAGAUCAUCAAAACAUACAAUGCUGCCGGAAAGGCGGCUGGAUACGGAUCGGAAAGGAGAUUCUCCAAGGACCGAUGGAACUACAACAGAAGAAACGAUUAUCGCGGCGGAAGAAAUUUCCAAAGACAAGGGGGAGGCGGUUACAAUCGCCAGCCUUAUCCGCAAAACAGAUGGGGCGGAGCCCCUAGACAAGGAGGAGGCGGUAGCGGUGGUGGCUGGAAACAAGAUACGAGGUCACGCGAUUGGAGAAGUGGCGGCAGUAGUAGCGGCGGCGGUUACGAGAGAAGGGACAGAGACUACUAUAGCCAAGGCAGCUACGGCGGCCGCAGCCAACAACAGUCCAGACCGCAUGGAGGCGGUCAGAGAUGGGGCGGAAGCAGCGGAGGAGGUUGGAGCGGUCAAGGGAGCGGCGGCGGAGGCUGGAACCAACAGACCUUCAGUGGUGGUGGCGGCGGCGGUAGUAGAAACUACGGCCAAGGAGGCUGGGGAGGUCAAAGCGGCGGUCAAGGCGGUUGGGGCGGCAAAUACGGUUCGUCGGGCUCCGGAGGCGGCGGACAAGGUCAGGGUGGUUACGGAUACAACAAUUGGAACUACUAUGGGCAGCAGCAGCAGCAAAAUUGGAGCGGACAGAAGUAAUCCAGCCUUACUGCAAACAACUUCGAGACAAUGUAAUGUAAGCGCUAUGAAAACUAAAAAAAAGUUAACCGAAACAAAAACAUUCAAUAUUGAUUCUGAUAAUUUUUCCUUGCAAAACAAAAAAGAGUAAAAUCAUUGUUUAAAGAAGAAGCCAUUUUUCAAAUAGGGGCAGCAGCAGCAACAACAGCCGACUCAGUCCGGUUACUCGACGGGCCAAGCUCAAACGCAGGGCCAGUACGCCCAGGCGUACAGUACCCAGGAAGCGUGGGCACAGUACGCCAAGCAGUAUGCCCAGCACCAGCAGGUGGCGCAACAUCAAGCAGCAGCGGCGGCCGCGGCCCAAAAAAGAUAAACUGAUCAUUUAGUGUAUUUUUAGAAGGAAAAAAAAAAUACGAUAUUUCUAAUAGUUCUGCAAGCGAUUUAGGUGCGAUUGUUUUACCGGAAGAUCUCUGCAAUGAUUCUUUUUUUUUAUGUUUGGAGAACAGUUUUAGCGGGAAUCGGAUAUAAGAUCGACGAUAUAAGUAAAUCUAAUUUGACAACAUUGAUUUAAAGUAUCUAAGCGGACAUAAAACCAUCAUAAAAAGAGAUUUACAGGAGUCUCAGAAUUUGUUAUUACCAUUUUUUAAAGUUAUUUUUUAUAAUAAUCAAAUUUAUAAAAUGUUUAUGCCGUUUUGACUAUACAUUUGAAUGAAUCUUCUGGAAAUAUAAAAAAAUUGGCUUCUAUGUUGCAGUAUCACCUUUUCCCCGUCAACAAAACGUGAUGCCCUUUAAAAACCCAUAUCGGGCGAAUAUGAUUAAUAAUGUCUGUCGCGAUUUUGCAACAACUGGUUUAAAUUUACAUCUCACAAAAAGUCCGCUAAUAGAGACUCCUUUACUUCCCCGAUCAGCUAACUAACUUACACAGCUUCAUAAAUGUUUAACAUCGAUUUUCCAAGAUGUCUGCCGAAUUCUUACCCCAUAUAUACAGAUAUAUACUUUUGUCAAAAUUAAGUGACAACUUUGCCGCUCUAGAGCGACAAGGCUGUCAUAUAGCGAUAAAAUGAGGGAAAAAAACUUUCAAAGCAUAUAAAUAUAAGUUUUAUUGCUUAGAUAGAGCAAUUAAAACAAUCGCAUUUAAUCGGCGUUAACGUCAUCGAUUUUUUUUUAAACUGAUCUCAUUUGUAAACGUACGCCUCUAAGGGUCUCUUAAUAUCUAUCCGUUUCGAAGACUUGCCUCGACUAUUAGAAGUAUUUGUAAAUUAUAAUUAGUGUUGAGUUUUCACAAAUUUUAUGUCCUUAUUGCUUGAGGUUCUUAUUUUUUUAACUCUUAAUUCGUGUGUGUACCUUACAGUGGUAAAAAAUGUAAAUACUUAGCCUUUAUAUUUAGAUGGAAAUACCUUUUAUGUUGUUUCUUUAAGUAUUGACGUGUGUAAAGUUUGUUCGUGACGUUAAAACAGUUAAGACAAAGGAAAAAAAUCACUAUCCCUAUGAAAUAAAUUUAGCUAGCCGCUUUUCGGUAUUUUACGACAAGGUGGGGGCGAAUGAAUACAAUUUGUAAAUAUUUUUUUAGGGUAAUCUAAAAAUUAUUAGUAAGCACUCCAAUAUGUAUUUUAAUUCUUAGUGAAAAGGGUUAGUAACUUGUUUUUUGCAAUUUCCAUUCUUUUUAUACAUAUUUUCAUAUUAUGUAACAUGGUUUAACCUACCUACUUUAAUUCGAAAAUAAAUAUUUCUAUAAUAUG